GGCAUUUCAAAAUGGCUCCCAAGUUGAAGGAGGGGCUGCAGCUGGUCGACAGAUAACUACAAUAACAAAACAAAAAAUAACGAAAGAAAACAGCUACUGACUCUCUUCUUUGGUGCCAAGGGUAUCGACAGUAACAUUCGAUGUUUAUACCGUUUAUUCUUUUACAAAUAUUUUAAAAUGACGACAUAUUUCAGGGCCGAGGGGAAAGAGGAACCAGCCUUUCCAAGGCAGCCCAGCUGCAGCGGUUUUUGUAAUGUGGCUGUGCGGGGAUUAUGAAUGAAAUGGAAAGAGCAGAAAAUGGAGCUUCCCUGUUGGCUUUGUCUAUCGAUGUCAACGAAAACGAACAGAAGAGCACAUCCUACAGCAGCUUUACUGUGUGCAAAAGCGGCAAGCCGGCUUUAUUACUAAAUGAAAACAAAAGGCCAGCCUUCUCAGAAGAUACGAAUUCUGUGCUGUCAGGGAAAGGGUAUGUUUAUAUUGCCAGUGAGAGGAAUUUAAACGACGACAAGGCUGCGCUGGGGGAUAAUAAUAGGCUAGAUUGUGUUUCAGACUCAGAGUGUCUUCCGAGAGGCGUUAAAGACAGCUGUGUCAUUACAGAGCGAUGCAGUGAUGGCACUGUAAACGGAUUUACUGAGUCAUCAGAACAGCUAGUGGAUGGAUCAGAGGCAACGGGAGUGGGUUGUAAGAGGACCCCAUCCUGCUCUUCAAAUUGCACUGCUGACAAGCAAGUAAAGAAGAGAAACGGGAUGUUGAUCGACGCUGCUCCCGAUAGCGGUCGUGAAUGCGGAAGGAAGGAUGAUGGCGUUUCAGAGAAACAAGACAAUGGUCUUUUAAAUGCCGAGAUUGGGGCAAAGUCUGUAGUUCCGCUUUCUGGGUCAUGUGAUGGCAAACACCAGCCAAACUGCACUGGUUGGGUCGACCCCGCAGACAUGAAGCUAACCAACGGAGAUGUGGAUGGUGUACAGGGUGACAUCUGCCCGAGCUGCACCGAAGAUGUCACUUUUGGCUGCGGUUCUUCAGUUUACAAACCUCCAGGUGCGCUUUUUGAGAAGGAAGUGAAACUUGCGAGCGGUGGGUUGUUGAUUGUAAACAAAUGCGCGUUGCUAAAUGGCAAGCUAAAGUUACAUAGCAACCCGGCAAAGUGUAUUGGCGAGACUGCUGCUGUUUCAGAUGUGCAAAUAAAUAAGUUAUUAGAACCUGCAUUAGAGGACGGUUUUAAUAAGGGCUUCUGUCCAGAAGAUGAUGACUUUGGUACUACUGGGGUUGCCCCCUCAGAGACUACGGUUGUUAGUGAGUGUUGUGACCCCUUUCCCAAAAUCACAACCACAGUAUCUGGAGCAUUAGACAUUGAAAAUAUGGGGCCUAAAGAUGAAACACUUGUACCAAACGAAUCCAGCGUCAAGGAGGACGAUGUAAGUGAGGAGAGUAAUUUGAGUCCAUUGGAACUAAGGACUAACCAAAACACUAGACUGUCUCGCAGUUGCGAAGCCACUCCAGAUAGCCCAGGGGAUUCUGAAGUAAGCUUUGGUACCGAGGCGGUGCUUGACACUAAUGACCUCCGGUUCAUGGAUGUCAAUUUAAGUUCAAGGAACACAUUUGAAGUUAACCGUCGCCAGAGCGCACCUGAUCACUUGCCUGAUGGCUUGACCCUUGCUGCAGACCCCUCCUCUCAUCAGGAAGUGAAACCCAAAAAACUUGGUAUCACAGAUUUUUUUAGCAGGAGCUUGUUUUCCAGGAAGAUGAAGGACCCCAAGCCUCCUUCCCAGAGUGCUCCUGGCUGGAAGUUGUUUGGAAAAGUUCCUUUGAGAGAGAACCCUCAGAAGGAUUCAAUGACUAUUCAGCAGGACAGUAAUCCAGGCAGUCUUGCAUCCGUUUCUACACCAAAUCUCUUAAGCACAGUGGAAUAUGAGGCACGGACAGGAAAAACAGUUAAUCUCCCACCCCAGUCAGGGCGACGCAAAAACCUUGAAUUUGAACCUCUUUCAACCACAGCCCUCAUUCUGGAAGACCGACCUGCAAAUCUUCCUGCAAAAUCAGCUGAGGAAGCCUUGCGUCACCGUCAUGAGUAUGAUACGAUGGUGGCAGAGGCAAAAAAACGAGAAAUGAAAGAUGCCCAUAAAAAGAAGAAAAUAAUGAAAGACCGGUAUAAACAGGAAGAAGUCAUUGCCAAUGCCAUGGUGAUUUGGAACAGUGAGAUACUUCCCAAUUGGGAAGCCAUGCGCAAUACGCGAAAAGUGCGAGAGUUGUGGUGGCAAGGCCUUCCGCCCAGUGUUCGCGGAAAAGUAUGGAGUUUGGCUGUUGGAAAUGAACUCAAUAUUACACAUGAGCUCUAUGAGAUCUUCUUGUCCAGAGCUAAGGAAAGGUGGAAGAGCUUCAGUGAAACCGGUUCAGAGAAUGAGGCUGAAGAUUCAGGAACAUCCGGUGCUGACAGAGAAUCCAGUCUAGAUUUGAUAAAGUUGGACAUAUCCCGCACAUUCCCCUCUCUCUUCAUAUUUCAAAAGGGCGGUCCAUACCAUGACCUAUUGCAUAGUGUGCUGGGAGCAUAUACUUGUUACAGACCUGAUGUUGGAUAUGUUCAAGGGAUGUCUUUCAUUGCUGCUGUGCUUAUCCUCAAUCUAGAAGAAGCUGAUGCUUUCAUUUUGUUUGCCAACCUUCUCAACAAGCCUUGUCAGAUGGCUUUUUUCAGAGUGGAUCAUGACUUGAUGCUAAAAUACUUUGCAGCAUUUGAAGUGUUCUUUGAAGAAAAUCUCCCAAGAUUGUUUGUUCACUUUAAGACCUACAACCUGACCCCAGACAUCUACCUGAUUGACUGGAUUUUUACACUAUAUAGCAAGUCCCUGCCUCUUGAUUUGGCAUGUCGAGUUUGGGAUGUCUUCUGUCGGGAUGGAGAGGAGUUUCUGUUUCGCACAGGUCUUGGGAUUCUUAAACUGUACGAGGAUAUCCUCCUUCAGAUGGACUUCAUUCACAUUGCUCAGUUUCUUACCAAGCUUCCCGAAGAUAUCACAUCUGAAAAGCUCUUCAACUGUAUUGCUGCAGUUCAGAUGCUAAGCAGUAAUAAAAAAUGGACACAGGUCUUUACCAUAUUAAUGAAGGAUAACAAAGAAGGAGAUAAGAAUCACAGCCCAACAUUAAAAAAUUAAUAUGUGAAGAAAGACGACUUUAACAUCAUUGCCAGUAUUACUGAAUAUAGCUGUGUAUGGGAAGGGGGUCAUUAUUCAAAUGACGCAAUUGACAACUACAUAAAGAAGAUAUUGUGUUUAAGCAUUUAUAUGGCCAGACAGGCGAAAAUGAGAGAAUAUUUCCAACAUCCUUCUCUGUGUGCUUUAACUAAACUGACCGAGUGCAGCUUAUGAUGAAGAAGAUUCAGGUUCUCCCUGUCAGUGCUGUUGUGUAGAUGUGAAAUAUCACUCAUAAAACCGUCCACCCAGGUUUAAGUUACCCACCAAACCAGCAGAUUACUAAAAACAUUAAAUGGACCAAACCAUUAAUCUUCACUAACAUUUUUUUUUUUGAAAAUUCAUUUUUAUUGUUGUUUAGAUACUUAUUAUAAUAAAAAAUGUUAUAUCAAAAAGCUUGAGAGGAAUUAUAAAAGGCAGAGGCUGGAAAAUCUCACAAAAUGUAUGAUGCACUUAUUAUCUAAACCACAUUAAAUGUAAUUAUAGAAACAUUCCUUAUGAUAAACUCUGUUUAACAAAUAGAAACAUAAAGCUUCUGAUGGUAUUUGAAUUGUGAUUGCCAGGUAUUAGAAGGUGUUUAUUCUGUUUAAAGUGGUGUACUUAAUCAAAUUAGCCUGGAUAGAGUUAGCCUGGAUUGACAGAAACUAUAGCAAAACAAAACAAAAAAACCACACAACUAAACAAAGGUCUAUAUCUUCUCUCAGCCCAUGAAGCCUUGUAAUGUGACUAUUUUCUGGCCAAUAUUACACACACAGAAUUAUUCUGAAGAAACUGCAUCUUAUCAAGUGCAAUAGAGAACGCAAAAUGGCACAUGACAUUUAAAUGUUUUACAGGGCUAUGCAGGUUUCUUUUGUGUUUUUUUUUUUUGUGGUGGUGGGGGGGGGUCCAUCUAGAUGGCAAAGGAAAGCUGAUGUAAACUAUGUGGUUGCAAGCUUUAGUGAUGUCUGCAAAUAUAACAGUACAGCUUUGAUAGUAUGGUUAGAAAGCAGUAACUAAUUGGUGUUUCUUUCUAUUUCUAUGCAUAGCGUGGUUAAUAAAAAGGCUGACUCCUAUUAUUUUCAUUGCAGUCCUUGUUUGUAGGAAAACAUGAGUACACUCACUUAUAGCAACAUUUCCUGUAUUUUACUUUACCAGUUGUGGGUUUUUUUCUUAUGUUUCAACAGUUUGUAAUUCUGUAUUAUUAUUUGUAUGUUUUAUUUGACCACACAUAAUUGAUUUAUGUUGGGGGAUUUUAUGUUGCUUUUGUGUUCGCUGUUUAUUUAAAGCUUAUUCUCCUUAUAGCAUAGAUGGUCUAGAUUGUAUUUUGAUUUUAAUUUAUAUAUUCAGUAGUUCAAUGCAAUUUUGUUCCCCUUUUUUCUACUCCUGCUCUCUAUUGUACAGUUUUUCAUACUUACCAAGGAGGUACUGUAUAUAAAAUUGAUUGUAAAUAGAUGGGAUCUCUCUCCCUGUUACAGACCACUAGUUACAACUCCCCUUUGUAAAUAAAUCUCAGAAGCAGA